UUAUAAAGCAAUCAUUCUGUGGUCCUGCCCAGCGAGGUUGACAACGUUGUACGUUUCACCCAAUUUUUCAGCGUUUAUGAUGAGGCUACAGAGGAAAAGAAACACAGCAUAAUUUGAUAGAGGUUGCAAUACGCUGAUUUUCACUGGUCUUUACUGGGUUGCAUUUUUUUAAAGCUCCACGCUUGCCUGUUUGGAAUAAACCGGGUGUUUGCAGCUCGCUGAAACUGUCUGGAGUUUUUCCCCGUUUUGUCAAAAAGAGAACCUAGACAUUUUUUUAGUAGUGUGACAGACUGCAGGCAACUUGGAUUCGCGAAACCGCGUUUUUACGAGUUAUUGUACAUCUUGGGGAUAAAAAAAGAAACUAGGGUGCUUUUUUGAAGAAGAGAGGACAAGUCCAGCUGUGCACAAAUUGCAGAGCUACUGAACUGUGCAGGAACCAUAGAUCAAGGCGACGCUGGAGAUACCCAUAUCCGCCGAUAAAUGACUAUUUAUACUUCAGUAUAGUAAGUAACGGGAAGAAAGUUUAUAUGCCUUUUAAACGUUCUCUUGCAUGGUAAUUGAAUGGAUUAGGAAAUGUCUUUUCAAUAGAAGAAAAAAAAAAAAACUCUGAACAUCCCGAAGUUACACAACUACUGGUGUUCCAAAUUUAGAAAUAUAAUGUGUUAGCCCGAUUCAUUCGUAAGAUUAUUAAGUUGACCAAUUUCACGUUAAGAAUUGAUUGACUACGUUUUCACUGCAUUUAUGUACGUCACGAUUCGUAUUUUUGUACAUUUGUAAUGACAAACCUUUUUUAUAUUCAUUUUUUUAAAUGUAAAAUGGAAUCGCAACACAACUAGUAGUUUUCUUAAAGUUGGACUGUACAGUAUGACGUAAGUGUUGUUUAGUGUCAUUUCAAACAAAUCAACAUUCCUUUUUUGAAAAAAAUAAAUAAAUAAUGCUUGAGUGACCUGCACGGCAUCAACUUUAUUUUAUAAGCAGAAAGUAAAAUUAAGAAAAAAGGGAAUAAGCGACACAAUGUUUUUCCGAAAGUUGCCCGGCGUGUCAGCAUCUGGAAUGGGACUCCGUCUGUCUCAGAAAUUUAUAUUUUUACUCUUUUUAUCGGGACUGGUAACACUUUGUUUCGGAGCUCUUUUCUUUUUACCCGAUUCGGCCCGUAUAAAACGGAUUUUCUUACCCAGGGCAGAGAGCCAAACGCCAGCUGUGGAGCCAGACACGACUGCCAAACAGCACAGUAAAAAGAGCGAUAAAAGCCACGACCAUUUCAAAGAAAAUACCCCGGCUGAGGCGGUGACCAGUUCAAAAAUCAAAGCCAUCAGUCAGAAAUCGUCCCCGACAAGUGAGAAAAAAGAUGCAGAGAAAGUAACUGUUAAAAAACAGGAGGAUCAAAAUGAGUCGAAGCGGCCACCGCCAGUCAAGCCUCGGUUUGCGGUGAGCAAACCAGUCGAGCAGGAGAUGGAAAGAAGGACGGUGUCGUCCAAGAAGGGCAAACACGGAUCCCCGUUUGAUUAUGAGAAGUUUCGACAAUGCCUGCAAAAACCGAUCCUGGGGGUUGAGAAUGGACAACCAAGUGAUCCCCAGACUCGGGAGAGGAGGGAGAAAGUCAAAGAGAUGAUGAAGUUUUCCUGGGAUAACUAUAAGACCUAUGCCUGGGGAAAAAAUGAACUGCAGCCACUGACAAGAAGUGGACACAUUGGGAACAUGUUUGGGGGACUCAGAGGAGCCUCCAUCGUGGAUUCACUUGAUACCCUGUACAUCAUGGGGAUGCUGGAGGAGUUUGAAGAAGCUAAAAGCUGGGUGGAGAAAGAGCUUGAUAUGAAUUCGAACGGAGAAGCGUCCCUGUUUGAAGUGAACAUCCGUUAUGUUGGUGGGCUGCUCUCAGCAUAUUACCUGACGGGGGAAGAGGUAUUCAAGAAAAAAGCAAUUGAACUGGGAGAAAAACUGCUGCCUGUGUUUAACACACCCACCGGUAUCCCUCGCGGUGUCAUUAACCUUGGCAGCGGCACAAGUUGGAGUUGGGGAUGGGCCUCUGCAGGAAGUAGUAUUUUGGCUGAAUUUGGCACUUUGCACCUUGAGUUUGUUCACCUUACUGAAGUAACUGGAAACCCAACAUACAGUGAGAAGGUGAUGAAUAUCCGCAACGUCCUAAACAAAAUUGAAAAGCCUCAUGGACUGUACCCCAACUUCCUGAGUCCUGUGACCGGAAACUGGGUUCAACACCAUGUCUCCAUAGGGGGACUAGGGGACAGUUUCUAUGAGUAUUUGAUCAAAUCCUAUCUGAUGUCAGACAAGAGAGAUGAACAAGCCAAGAAGAUGUAUUAUGAUGCUUUGGAGGCUAUAGAAACCAAUCUGGUGCAGAAGUCUCCCGGGGGGCUCACAUACAUUGCGGAGUGGAGAGGUGGGGUACUGGAUCACAAGAUGGGUCAUCUGGCAUGCUUCUCGGGGGGAAUGAUCGGGAUUGGAGCCGAUGAUGGAGAACCGGAGCAACGAAAACACCACAUGGACCUGGCAGCCGAGAUUACUCACACAUGCCAUGAGUCUUAUGCACGCACAGCUACCAAACUGGGCCCAGAAGCAUUCCGUUUUGAUAGUGGUGUGGAAGCCACAGCUACGAGAAUGAGCGACAGAUACUACAUCCUGAGGCCUGAGGUUGUGGAGAGCUACAUGUACAUGUGGAGACUAACCCAUGACCCCAAGUACAGGGAGUGGGGCUGGGAAGCCAUACAGGCGUUGGAGAAGUACUGCCGUGUUGAUAAAGGCUUCACUGGAAUAAGAGAUGUGUACACAACAUCACCAAGUCCUGACAACAUGCAACAGAGCUUCUUUUUAGCAGAAACAUUGAAGUAUCUGUAUCUGCUGUUCUCUGACGAUGACCUACUCCCUCUGGAUGACUGGGUGUUCAACACUGAGGCUCACCCGCUGCCAGUGAUCCGCACCGAGUGCAUGCAGGGGGGUGAAGCCGGCAAGAUCCAACAGCAGGAAUAGCACAACUUAUUCUGAAAGAGGAAAUAAGCCUUUGACCAGUCCAUUGGGUUGAUAUGCAUUUCCUUUCCAGUAAAGGAUGUUGUCAUGACGUUGUGGUCGUAUUUGUGAGCCGGGACCGUCCCCAUAUGGGGGACAGACGGCGUUUCCGUGGACAAUCAGACAUUUAAUGAGAACUUUCUUUUUUUUCCUCUGUGAGGAGACCUAUAGUGACCCACAACAAGGGUCGCUGAAUCAUGGGCCAUAUUGUGAAAGAGUCAUUGUCAUUGUCUCAUUUGUUUGUUUUUUAAAGGUCUUCUGUCUGUAUCUUUCUAUAGAGUACUAUUAGACCAAAGGAUGUUGUUUCCCGUUAUAAUCCCACAUGGUUUAUUUUUUUAAAAAGUAUUUUUAAAUGUUUUUGUUUUCGCUGUUAAAAGCUGUUUUAGUUGAGUAAUUGAAUAUUAUUCCGUUUUUGAGUUAGACAAAUCUAGAUAAAGCAAAGCUCUAUUCCUUUUUACUCUGUGUCUCUGAUACAGUUAUCAAAUUUGUCCCCGUUUAGGAAAGCUUGACCCUCUGUCACAUUUACAUGCAGCUUGUUUUCUGUUUCAUUUACUAUGCGGUAAUUGUUUAUUUAGCAAAUUAUGUAAACGUUUUCAGCCAUCUUAGCAAAUAUUCAGCCUGCCACUUACAAGCAUUCACAAAACAGCACCACGUGGAUGCAAGGCAUUCAGACAACUUAUUGUGUUCUCUGGGCCCUGAUUACAGAACCUGAUAGGCAUGAAGUAAUUAAAAUUAGCCUCAUGGAAAGACACUAGAAGGGCAAAUGUGAAAUUGUUUCAGAUAGUCAGAGUGUGCCACUGGUAUGCAUAUUAACUCAGACACAAGAUACAGACGAGGUGUGAAUGUGUAACAAGGCUGUUUUAAAAGGCGUUGAGAUAACGGGAGCAAGUUUGUGGUCCUGUUUGCUGUAAAUAAUGAGAGAGAGAGAGAGAGAGAGAGAGAGAGAGAGAGAGAGAGAGAGAGAGGGGUCGCUUUCCACAGUUUCCUGAAACGAUGAUGAGUUUUACGUUCAGUGGUUUUAUUUUCUCAGGUGUGUUAAAAGGUUAAAGUUCUUUUUUUAUGCUAUUAUCAAUCCUGUAUUCAUGUUUUGAAUACUGGGUUUGCUGUGAGCACCCGUUGAAUGCUUUUUCUGAAAUUUCACUCUGCUUCUUUUGCAGUAUGUAUUGCUUGAUACUUUUCAGUCCAAUUCCAAACCGUUCAUAGUAGCUGCAACAUUAACGUGAAACAACAUAUUAUUGCAUAGCUACUGCAAGGUGACUUACUGUAUCGUGGCGUGCAUUAUUUAAUUACCAUAGGUUUCUUACUGUGCAAUGUUUGCAGAGUUGGUGCAUCAGAAGUAGUUUUUGAUGCAGUAGCUCCGGUUUCUUAUUGAUUUGUUUUGAGUUUACAUUCUUGCAAUUUCUCUCUUCAUAACCCCUCCCUCUUGCUGUUCAUGAUACAUUCCAUGAUUUAUACUAGAUAUUAGCACAACAAUUUUUAGCGACUCAUAUUAAUUAACUUAAUAUGGGAUAAUAUAUCCCGCCUGGAACUGUGUAGUAAUAUGUUUUGUACUUGUGAAUGUUGCUAUAACGUUAUUCUAAUUAGUAGUAACUACUUUUCCGUUUCCAUCGUUCUAUGUACUAUGGGGGUUUACAGCUGUCACAUGACCCCUGUAUGAUAAUAGGCCUGCUCUAUUUCUUCUGUGGUUAAUGAACAGAGAUGUGUUCACUUACUUCACCUCGAAACCCACCAUGCAGCAUUUUCAAACAAACAAACAAAAAAAAAAUAUAUAUAUAUGAAAUGACUAUCAACAAAUCUAUCAUCUUUAUUUUUAAAAUUAACUUAAAAUAAUAAUAAAAAAAUAAUAAAAAAUGUAUGCCUUUUUGUUGUCGUUGUUGUUGCAUUCUUAGAACUCUUAAACCAGGGCAAAGGGUUUAGAGUGAUUGACUUUUUUCAUUUGAAAGAUAAAUACUGUAGUCGUGAGAUACAGUACCACCAAUUCAUUCCACUUGUUACCUGAGCCAGGACACCUGCUCCAUAUUUGCAGUACUGUGGUUUGGGUCACGUAUCAUCUUCAUGCACUCUGUUUACUGCGUGGAUUUGUGUUUUCGGUAACACUUUUAAAUCAUUCCGACUGAAUAACAUCUGAAUGUCUUAUGCAUUUCCUCUGAGUUAUUAAUUCAUGUGGAUUUAAUUUCCCCGUAUUCAUUCCAUGUUCCUUUGUAACAAAUGAUGACCACAUGUAUAAGACAGACAUUCAUGCAUAAAGUAACACUUCUCACAAUCCCCAGGUGGACAAGUAAGAGGGUAUAUUUUCUCAAAAUGCAAUUUCACUGCAAAAACGUUUUUUUUUUUUUUUUUUUUUUUUUUUAUGAAAUUGGGCUCAACAUAUAUCUUAUAUUUAAGCGUUCUGGCUGUCAGGUUUUAAAGUAGUCUAAAAUAGGGGCUAUGUCGGAUUUAAUGCACAACUUUGUAAAACUAAAAUCGACACUUAAUUUUUAAUUGCUACAUUUUCAGAAGAAACCUGGUUAAUACCUAAUUUAUACUUUUGUAUUCAGGAAUCAGGCUACAUCUGGUAAAAUCGCAACAUCAGAUCAUUUCCUUGUACUGAAUGAUAUUAAUUUGAUCUUAUUUUGUUAUUAUGCAUAGUGAUUAGAAAUGUGACUAUAGGUAUAUUCACUGGGGGCUUCCCACUGCAAAGUCCCACCUGCGAUGUGUACUUCACAGAAUUUCAAUUGUAUUAUUAAACUGAAGUGGACAUUAAGUACUCAUAAUUUGCUCUAAGGUGAUGUUAGAAACAUACAAUGCAUUAUUCUGCAAAAUGAACUGGGUAUUUGUUUGCCUAAUAGUCUCCUUGGCAUUGUGAAGUAUUGUUUAUAGCAAUAAAAGAAUCGAAAGGAUGAAUGUGAACAAAAAUGAUAUUAUAGGUUUACUACUGCUACACAAUUUGAAAAGAAAGAAAUAUCUAUAUAUAUAUUUUUGAUGCAUUAUGUUAUCAGUGCGUAUUUAUAGAAUAAGCUGUUGAGUAUUUUAGAUAUUGCAAAUAUAGUCUUAAAUAAUUAAACUAAGGAUUUAAUGAAAUCAAAACUAUAGCAUCAAUGGCUAUAACCAUUGUGGUGCAAUUGAGCCUUAUUUAUUAAAUCGUGGCCUAAAACUCGUUAAUAUAAUUGAAUUAAUACAGUAACUAUAGUGUACAACGAGGUGACAGUCUUCACAAUGGGGAAAAUCAGAGACAGUUGUCUCGAGGCACACUGUGAUAUAACAAGUCUUUUAGACUUUCCUUUAUUUAAGGAGAUGGAUAAAACAAGUUGGUUAGGUUCUUUUUGUUUUUACCAAAUCAGUCAUUCAGCGACUGUUGUCGCUAUGGACCCAUUGUGAUGUGUGUUUAUCCAAUCUGUACUGUGUCGUGUCAUCACAAGAUAACAGGAUUUAGAAUCCUAAUUACAGGGGGUGACAGGGAUAUUCCACUUGUCGUAUACUGAAGAUGGAUGUAUACAAUAUAUAUUCCUGGAGGGGAGGGGGCCGGUUCUAAUUGUUGUUGUCAUUCUGGUUGUCUCAUUUAAUAAAGGGUAAACCAUAGUACAAGAGUUGGCGCUGCAAACAAAAAUAAUGUAAUGUGUUAAGUGGCAUUAUCUGACACAAAAUACUGGAGGUUUGAGUUUAAAAUGCAACAGCUUAAAGGCCAUUUUUGCAAAGCAUGUGUUGAGCCUCAUUAAAAUCAGCAGAAAACAAUGUGGAGAUCUUAAUGCUGUGAGGAAGCACAAUUUCAAAGUCAAAUGUCAGGCGUACUACUGUACUCAAAUGAGACGUGUUGUCUUUUUUCUUCCCACGCUGAGAUUAUGUUAACAUUUCCAAUUAUGCAGCUUUGGAGGUAGGGGAAUAAUCAGUUUGCAAAAAUAGAUAGAUUUGCAGUUGCGCGCGAUGUUGGUUUGUCAAGGGUUUGUGAGUCGCACACACAGAAAUGAAAAGUAGCAAGGAACUCCAGUGGGAUGUGGAGCUAAAGCUUGAGCAGAAAAAGAAAGGAGGGAAAGGUCACUGUUAAAUAACUAGUGCUGGUAGAAGUAUUUCAAUAUCCCUACAAACAUUGCUUGAAAUUUAUUCCAAGGCUAAAGUUAGUGUUUGCCUGGAGUAGCGAUAAUUUUGCUUUAUAAGAAACUUUUCAGCUAAUCACCAUCAGUGUUAGGUGUCUCCUUGUUUUACCUGUAAAUAUAUUUGAUACCUUAUACAGUACACAUAUACACAAACACAGAGGCGUCAUUCGAGUUUUUUUUUUUUUGUUCAGUUGCAGAUUGGAACUACAGAUGGAAUCAGGUUAGGAAUCUAUGUUUUGAAAUUAGAACAAGAUGAGAUUGAGUUUAAAUGUGCCUGUGGAAAAGUGCCAAAAUAUUAACCUUUGAUUGUAAUUUCUAAAGAGAAUUUGAAUGAAUCCAUAAGGUCUGCCCAUUCAGAAACACAUCGUCUCUUAGUUUAAACACAGUAUGUCAGCACACUUUACGGUGCUGUUAUUAUGGUGCCUCAGCCAUACAAAACGUUCUGUGUUUGUGUGUGUGUGUGUGUGUGUGUGUGUGUGUGUGUGUGUGUGUGUGUGUGUGUGUCUGUGUAAGCGGCGGCCAUCUUGUGCGUUCAUUUUAGCUCAGUUUAAAAUGGCCGGGUUUUGGAAAUGACAAUACCAACCCUGACUGGGGCAGGAACACAAUGCUGUAUUACACCCUGAAGAGCACAACACCUUUCUGAAACACCUACGAGAAGCCCAGUCCAUAUUUUUUGUGUCAGCACCGAAUUAGCACAUCAGCUAAUUCCGCAAACUGCAUUGUGAAAGUGGUGGGAUUAUCAGAUCUAUUCACAAAUUAAAAAAAAAAAAAAAAAGUGUUCGACGACACCUAACGCAGCUAUAUAUUGCUAUCUAUUACUUUCAUCUUUGCAUACAUUAACUUUUUACAUAUUAUGUAAUGUAAUGUUUGUUUUGUAAUUUCCUAAUUAAGUAUUUUUGUGUUUUUAUUUCAGUGAACUGUGAACUGAAAUCACUGUGUUUUUUGAACCAUUAAUAUAUAGUUGCUUUGAAUACCAUGGAAUGGAGUAGCUAUUGUAAGGAGCAAAAAAUAUGAUUUUCAUUUCCUUCAUAAAUGUGACUUUUUUUAAAACAUAAAAAGACCAAAAUAUGUAUCAGAAUGAUUAUAUUGUAACUGCAUUUUUCUUUUCAAAAUAAAAUGCUUGAUAUAUUA